UGCAGUGGUCGUUUUCAACAUGGUGUAUUUUUUAAUUAUUAUAACGGUUUUACUUACAAUUUUUCAAUACUUUACCAGAAAUUUCGAUUAUUGGAAGAAGCGAAAAGUUAUCGGACCCAAACCGGUGCCAUUAUUCGGUAAUAUAAUUGACUCCGUAUUACGAAGAAAGCCUCAAGUAAUGGUUUACAAAAGCAUCUACGAAUCAUAUCCAAAUGAAAAACUUGUCGGAAUUUACAGAACGACGACCCCGUCUUUAUUGAUACGAGAUUUGGAUUUAAUAAAGCAUGUGUUAAUCAAAGAUUUCGAUACAUUCGCUGAUAGAGGAGUCGAAUUCAGCAUCGAAGGUCUAGGAGCGAACAUAUUCCAUGCUGACGGUGACAGGUGGAAAGCGUUAAGAAACCGUUUCACGCCUCUCUUCACUUCCGGAAAGCUUAAAAACAUGUUGCCUUUAAUGUUACAAUCUGGAGACAAGUUUAUGAAACACGUAGAUGAUGUAAUUAAAAAAGAAACUGAACAAUCUAUUCAUGAUUUAGUUCAGAAAUAUACUAUAGCUAAUAUAGUAGCCUGUGCGUUUGGUAUUGACAUAAACGAAGAUAUGUUGAAAACACUAGAAGAUAUGGACAAAUAUAUAAUAACUGUAAACUACAGCGCAGAGCUUGACAUGAUGUAUCCAGGUAUAUUAAAAAAGCUAAACAGUUCUCUAUUCCCGAAGGUGGUAAGUAAAUUCUUUGACAAACUAACGAAAGACGUAAUCCAACUGAGAGGAGGGAAGCCAACAAAUAAGAAGGAUUUGAUUGAUUUAAUACUUGAAUUAAGACAGAAGAAAACAAUUGAAGCAUCAAAGAAAUAUAACAAAGAAGAUGUGAAAUAUCUUGAAUUAACAGAGAGUGUGAUAUCAGCCCAGAUAUUUAUCUUCUAUAUGGCUGGCUAUGAGACCAGUGCUACAACAAUAUCCUAUUUAUUUUACGAAAUAGCAAAAAACCCUGAAAUACAAGAGAAACUUAUCAAAGAAAUAGAUGACGUUCUUUCCCGUCAUAAUGGUAUAACCUAUGAUUGUUUAAACGAAAUGAUUUAUUUGAACAAAGUAUUUAAUGAGACUUUAAGGAAAUAUCCAGUUGGAGAUUUUAUGCAACGCAACGCUAACACAGAUUAUAAAUUCCCAGGAACUGAAAUCACUAUUAAGAAAGGGAAAACAGUUAUUAUAUCAACAUGGGGAAUCCAUAACGACCCUAAAUAUUAUCCAGAACCAGAAAAAUUUGACCCUGAACGUUUUAAUAUGGAUAAUAUGAAAACUAGACAUCAUUGUGCGUAUAUACCAUUCAGUGCUGGUCCUAGAAAUUGCAUCGGUAUGAGGUUCGCGAAGUUGCAGUCCCUAGUUUGCAUAGUAAGGUUCUUAUCAAAAUUCCGCGUUGAACCAUCAGAAAAGACACCUUUAGAAUUUAAAUAUGACCCGAUGCGUCUUUUCGUCCUCCCUAAAGGUGGUAUUCAUGUGAAUGUUAUACGCAGAUAACCUGGUAUUUUUUACGUAUGAUUAUUUGGAUUAUUCCCAACUGUCACCCUCUUUGUCCCCACGUGGGAAUGAGAGUAAAAAGUUUCA